AUGAAAACCGUUUGGGCUCGUUCGGCUUUUGAGAAAAAGUGUACCUUUUGCCUUUGUAGCGAUGCGCACUCUAUGCAUCGACGCGAAGCAGAUGAUGACUACUUCAUGGGAGAUGAAGCGAACGAUGAUGAGGCACAAAACGAUGCUGAUCGAGGUAACGACGCAGAUGAAGAGAAUAGCAUACCAGUGAUAAUCCAGACCCUACCAACCGUUUACAAUGUAACGGUGGGCAAGACUAUACGGCUGGAAUGCAGAGUAGAACCGUCAGGUCCUUCUCUUCGUCUUCCUGUCAUUCAGUGGUACAGAAACGACCAGCUCCUCUACAUGGGUAAAAUGAAUCUUGCGCCUGAUGCCGAACGAUUUUCACUUGCUAACAAUGAUCUUCUGAUAACCGACGUGAAGCCAUCGGACAGCGGCGUCUACAAAUGUUUGGUUGUGCAGGCCGAACCGAUGCUCAUCGAGCACACACUAUCUGUACACGAGGCACCGAGGAUAGUCCAGUUAAUCGCUUCAGACAACGGUACUGUGAUGGAAGGCGCAGACCUCCUGCUCACAUGCGACGUCACUGGUUCCCCACCACCUCAGAUCAUGUGGUCCAGGGAUACUCCGGUCGGUAACAAGCGCCUGCAAGAAAGGGACGGCAACUUCUCACUGAACAGCGUAUUAAUCCACGCCAUCAGGCGCGACCAAGCCGGCAAGUACUACUGCUACAUCAUCAACGGUGUUGGCCACGCACAAGCUGAUAUCAACAUUAAAGUCCUGCAUAAGCCGAAAGUGCACAUUCACCAGACUGCUGUGAACUCAGCAAUUCAAGUGCCGGCACUGCUGCAGUGCUCCGCUCAUGGGGACCCUAUCCCUUCGAUCUCGUGGUACAAGGACGGUAACCUGGUUGAAUCAGACAACGCCCUAUACGUGAUCGCGACUGAUGGCCCCAACUCCAACCUGACUGUUGUGCCCCAAAUGGACCAGGACUUUGGCACCUUUACAUGCGUGGCUCGCAACAAUCACGGGCGUCACAACAAAUCAGUGGAACUAACCCAGAGGCCUGUAGUGGGCGCGAUGGACGCGGAGGGCAACAAGCUCACGUGGAGUGUUCACUCCCACCUGCCGCUCGAACAACUGGAGCUGCAGCUGAGGGAUAUGGGGAUGGGAAACCUAACGGCUAUCAACAUCCCAGUCCCCACUGCCAAUGGUCACGAAUACGAUGUCACAUACGUUAUGGACAACCUGACUCCCGGAAAAUAUGAAGCUGUAGCCAAAGCCAGAAACACUAAGGAAUGGAGCCGAAACAGUGAAGCAAUGGUCGUCGAAUUUGAAGCACAGCCAAUGUACAUCCAGCAUGCUUCAGUGUACCAUGGGGAUUCGCAUUCCAUCCGGCCUUCCACAAUUCUUCUAUCAACAGUCUUCAUGUAUCUGCUCGUACGAAUGUUCUAA